AUGCUGCUCCUGCUGCUGGGUAUCAUCGUCCUCCACGUGGCCGUGCUGGUGCUGCUGUUCGUGUCCACCAUCGUCAGCCAAUGGAUGGUGGGCAAUGGACACGCGACUGACCUCUGGCAAAACUGUAGCACCUCCUCGAUGGGCGGUGUCCAGCACUGUUUCUCGUCAUCAGCAAAUGAAUGGCUGCAGUCUGUCCAGGCCACCAUGAUCCUGUCCGUCAUCUUCAGCGUUUUGUCUCUGUUCCUGUUCUUCUGCCAGCUCUUCACCCUCACCAAGGGCGGCCGGUUCUACAUCACUGGGGUCUUCCAGAUCCUCGCUGGUCUGUGCGUGAUGAGUGCGGCGUCCAUCUACACAGUCCGGCACCCGGAGUGGCAUUCCACCUCGGACAACUCCUACGGCUUCGCCUACAUCCUGGCCUGGGUGGCCUUCCCCCUGGCGCUUCUCAGCGGUGUCAUCUAUGUGAUCUUGCGGAAGCGUGAAUGA